AUGUCUCCCUUUGGUCCAGAAUCAGUUUGGCCCUCCAGCUUCGACCCGGCGUUCACUCGUGCGUACAUGUCUACGAUACGAAACUCGACUAGGUCAAGCAGCAAACUGUCCUCAGCUCCAUCUCAAUCCGCAGAGCCAAACGAUAACGAUAUCGUCAUGUCAAUGUCAAAUAACAAACCAAGUGCAUCUCCGACGACGAGCAAACUACGACGUGGGACUGCGGGUGAGCCGCCAGUGGACAGUCUUGCCGCAAGCUUUCCCCAGGGCACCAAAUUCAUCAAAGGCGAGCCAUACAGACUUUUUACCACCAUCUUUUAUCUCACUUACACCCCAAUUCUUAAUUUUUCUGCUCUACUCUUAGGCCUCAAACCCACGCCGGGCGAAACAUUACCAACAGGCUUCAUGCGCGCAACAAAUGGGAUCUUGAUCAGUGAGCCUACCUCGGGCUACAGGAUGGCGGACCCAAACCAAAGGCCUCACUAUCUUCGCAACCAACCACCCCCAGCCCCCAGCGGUGGCGAGGACGAGGACGAGGAUGACCCAGUGUUCAACAAUAAAAUUAGGCCACCAGCCCAGCACCCGGCGCAAAUUAACGAAGAAAUGAAAUAUAGCCCUUCUGUAUCAGGACCUUUGGAUCCUAGUUCGUCGCGAUCUGCACGUCCUGCUCCUCCUAUAUCGUAUCACUUGCCUCCCGAGCAAAUCCCCUUGUCUAGACGAUCGGCAUUAUACGACAUUGGGCGUGCCUAUUUAGAACCCGAUGGUGCGCUCGGAACGGGUGAACCUUCCGGAUCCCACCCUGAAGUCUAUCAACCUCCUGAUUAUGAGUACGAACUCAGGUCUCCGAUCGAUCCGAUGAACAUGGCUGUCCAGUUUGACCCCUCGGAACUUCCGCCCGACCGAAGGAGUGAGAACGGUGCCCCUUGGAUCGUCCAAUCGCCAGAGCAUGCAUAUGCUCUUAUGAGACAACUCGAUGAAGAAAAUCGUCGUCAGAAUGGUCACGGUGCGGACGGCAUGCAAUACAUGCAAUAUGGACCACCCUCUCAGGAAAACGCCACGCGGCCCUGGCCAGGAGUCAACGACGUGUCUGGUCAUUGGCCUCCUCAGCGUCCUAGUCUUCAAAACUCGGUCCCUAGAGGCUGGCAACCCGCCUCUCAUCCAGCCAACGGUAAUGCUCCUUCUGGUACAUCUAUGUCCUCUCAACCUUACUAUACGCCAGCAGGAUGGACCCAACCCCCUGACUCGUCUCCCGAUCGUUCUGGCUCUCCCUCAACUUCCAAUCCUUAUCCUCGACCCGGCCAAGCCGCACCACCCCAAGGCACUCAAGGUCCCCAAUCCGCCUCGCCGUCAAGACAAGCUUCAUGGGCUCCAGGCGAAGGGCGCCCACUUUCCCAUCCGCCCCCCGGUGGAAUGCAACAAUGGGCACCACAACCAGGCUCUACUAACCCAGCAUGGCCAUCCAGUCAUUCAAUGGCUGAUCCACCCGCUGGUCCGCCGUGGCAAAGACAUGGCCUACCUCCUCCACCCUCCAGUCAUCUCGAACAUCGACCUCUCACCGAUAUUGAUGGUCGCGCAGAUGAACCCAUGCGCUGGUCUUCUGCAUCUAAUCCAUCCAAUCCACCCCAAGGAUGGGAAGGUCCCCCAGGCGCGAACAGUGCCCCACCUAACGAAGGUGCAGCGAAUGGGGCAGCCGGCAACUAUCCAAUGGGAGAAGCAAGGCGCGCACCUAGCGUGCCAAUCCGCGAAGCCGGAAACGGAAAUGGCUCUGGUCAGCCAUCACCCGUUACUUGGUCGCCGUCAGCAACAUCCCAUCCCACGUCUGCUCACCCUCCAUGGACGACUGGCCCGCACGGCCAUCCGCCUGGUCCCGUUCCUCCCGAUAGGAGACUACAAACCCCUGGUGGGACAGGUGCAAUGGGUGCUCACGCAACCUCGCAGACAACGACUGUCACCCCAGGUCAUGCCGUUCCUGGCUAUGGACCGCCAACGGCGUAUCCAAUGUACCCUGGCCAACCAAACAUGAACCAUGCUCAGAAUCCAAAUCCUCCCGGCGCCUACGGGAUGAACAGAGAUAUGCAGUAUGGCUCGCAGCCUGAUUCCAUGCCAGCGUAUAGCCAGGGAAGUGGGAUGGCGGUAUCAGCGACGACGCACGCUCGUCCACCAUCCACUGGACCCAGUCAAGGAUACCAGCAAAUGUCUAAUCCCUAUCCUCCUACAGGACCGCCGUCAGUGACCGGGACUGCGCCAUACAGCAUCUCUCGCCCCGAGACUGCACCCCAGCCGCAGAACUUACAUCAGCAACCACCACCCAACGCCCAAGCAAACAUUUAUCCAAACAUCUACCAGAUGCAGAUGGCUCAUCAUCCUCAGACUCCAGGUCCUGGAGCUCCCGUCAGCAAUCCUUCCUAUGUCUCGUACCCUGAAGGCACGCCACUCCCGCCUGGCUCCUAUCCUCUCCGUUCGAACCUUCCGCCGUCGAUGAAUCAUCCAAGGAUGAUGGGGGCGGCACAAGUUGGGCCUGGUAUGACCACGUAUCAGCCAAUGGGUGGGCCACCCCAACCAUCACAAGACAUGUACGCACCUAUGGGAGGGCCUACUGGGUAUAGACCACCUCAACCGCAGUAG